AUGCCACCUUUGACCUCUUACAAUGAAAGGUACUCCGCAGAUUAUCAAAUAAAUUCCGAGGGUGAUGAGCAGUCACUAUUGUCUCGCGACAGGCCACAAAUGGAGUCGCCUUUGCCUAUUCAUGACGAGUCUGUGGAAAGGUGCACCCAGGUGAAAGAUACCUGCCAAAAGCACCAUUUGCCAUCUUGGUCAUGCCAAGGCUAUCAAUCCGGCAGAAGAAGAAAAAGCAGCAGCCACAGCUUGGGCUAUGGGAUGGGUCAUGAUCCUGACAUGAAUCUCCCUUUUGAAACCGUCCUGUCGAGCUUUUGUGCUUGGCUCAACAAGAUAAAGAUGAAAAGCCAUGGAAAAUACAAUCAACAGCUACUGUCGACAAAAUAUGACUAUCAACAGGAUAUUCUUGACAAUCCAUCCAGUCAUAUUAGAUUAUGUCUAGUGCGAGCCAAAAGCACACCAUCAUCGCAAGAGCACGGUAAACUAGAAAACCCAGGACAAUACUUCGCCGUCAAACUAUUCGUCCGUCCACGACAAAACAUGUCACUCAAGAUGUACCUAAGACGUGUCACAGGCGAGUUCUGUAUCGCACAUACACUGCAACAUCCCAACAUCGUCCGGGUUGUUGAAUUGUUAUCCACCGACCACGGAGACCUCUGCGAAGUCAUGGAAUUCUGUGACGCCGGAAGCCUUCUAAAUGUGCUUGAACAGGUGACCAAGCUAGAGCCUGCUGAAGCAGACUGCUUUCUCAAACAGCUUCUUCAUGGCGUCCAAUACAUGCACAGCGUGGGUGUUUCGCACCGAAAUCUCAAACCCGAGAACAUCCUCUUAACCCGCCAAGGAACAUUGAAGAUUACAGACUUUUGCUACGCAGAAUGCUUCCAAAUGCCAUGGGCGUCAUCACUGUUGCCACCGAAUAAGAAUGAAAGAAGAGACGCAGGUUUUGGAGUAAACACUCAGCAUCAGAACCUGACAGGGACGAUUCCAUUUAUGGCGCCCGAACAGUUUGCGAGAACGACCUUUGACCCUGCUGCUGGGGAUAUGUGGGCUGUUGGGAUUAUCUACUUUGCUAUGAGGUCUGGUCGUUUGCCCUGGAAGAGCGCUACGUGUGAUGAUCUCCUAUAUCGAAGUUAUAUGCGGGAUUUGGAGAGUGGAAGGUGCAAUAAGUAUAUGGAGCUUGUCUCUGGGGACCUUCGUCGAAGCGUGAUCUACUCAAUCCUACAGCCGACUCCCCGGCGCCGAUUGACAGCGACCCAGGCUUUGGACUCGGACUGGAUCAGAGGAAUCAAGCUGAAGAGUUCGACCUUCUCGAGACCACCGCAAGGACCACCUGAUCAACAUCAAGGUCUACAUUCAAAGCUACCUGUUUAUCGGCGUCAUGGAGACCGUCUGCGCCCACGCCAUGUAUUUCCUCUACUACUACAGACACGCGGCAUCCCCUUCCACGCCCUCAUCUUGGCCUUCGAGAAAUACUCAGACGGCUUCUACGGCUACAGCGAGGCCGAACUAACAUGCUUCAACACCGCCGCGCAAAGCGUGUAUUUCAUCACCCUCGUCUUUCUGCAAUGGGGCAAUAUCCUCAGCGUGCGCAACAAGCGUCUCUCAAUCCUGCAGGCGGACCCGAUCCGCAAGCAGAGACGUAACCCAUGGCUACUGGCUGGUGCCGUUGUGAGUCUUGCGAUUGCUGUGUUUGUUACUGAGGAACCGGGGUUGCAGAGUAUAUUUGAGACUGCGUCGGCGCCGAUUGAGUUUUGGUUUUAUCCUAUUCCGCUUGCGUUGGGCAUUGAUUGUCAGGGCUUUGGCCGAGGGGUCCUGUGGCGAGAUUAUUUCCAUGAAAAAAUACACCAAGAGUGA